AUGGAAAUGAGGCCGGUCUUUAAAUGCGGUGAUAUUCCAUGGCGCAUUCAUUACCAUCCAUAUGACACCAAGACCAGUGAUAUCUCGCUGUAUCUUGCUCAUGGCUAUGAGGACCAGCAACCCGAGAACUGGGCUGCUCCUGUUGAAUUUGCAUUGGUGCUUUGGAGCCCAGGCCAGCUGUCACAGUAUACCUCUCGCGUUGCCAAACACUGCUUCAAUGCGGAUGAAGGCGACUGGGGCUUUACGAGGUUUUGUAAUCCUGAGUCCCAGCAAAGCUCGACAGCAAGCAAGGAAAUCCAAGGGGAAAUUGCCAUCACGGCGUAUGUCCGUGUUAUUGAAGAUCCCACUGGAGUACUGUGGCACACCUUCCGCAACUAUGAUUCCAAGAAAGAAACGGGGAUGGUCACCCCCGCUGCAGGUACAUUCGCCGCUCUUCUAACCGGAACCGCCAAAACACUCUACUACUCACACAUGCACGAGUCGUUCUGCUUCUCGACCAGCCACGACUUCACGCACUUCGACCUGGAUAUUUGCAACCACGAUUCAUUCGAUCCCAGCACAUACCACUCGCCGCGGGACAGUCUGCGCGCCUACACGGACAUGAGCGCGAUCCCAGACGAAGAAAAACAAACGAGGGAGAUGGGGUUCGCGUCCAACAAAUGUACGCUCUUUGAGAACUUGCCGUGGAUCCUGCAUCUGCAUUUGAAGCGCGCCGAGUAUGAUGCUGCGCAGGGCCACGUGGUAAAGAUCAGGGAGCGGCAGUCGUUCCCUAUGGAGCUGGAUCUUGUUCCGUUUUUCACUUCGUAUGAGAGACAGGCUGCUAAGCUGGGUCAGUGGGUUCAUCAACUUGCGGGGGUUGUUGUCCAUGAUGGGGAUGAGAGUAGAGGGCAUUUCCAUACUUUUGUGCGGCCUAGUGGGACGGAUGCGGUUUACAGGUUUGAUCAUGAUGAGCGGAUGACUAGAGCGACGGUUAUGGAUGCUGUUGAUGCUAAUUUUGGGUCUUCUAGGAAGAGUGCGUCGGGGCCGUGUGCUACGGUUUACAUGCUUGUGUAUGUUCGCAAAUGA